UUGGCGGCAAAUUAUUGACUACAUUGCAAUUGUGUUGAUUUGCAGAAGUAAAGCGUCUAUUCGGAUUAUUCGUUCAUUCCACUCCAGUUGCAAAUUUAUUUACUGUCAUAAUGGAAGGUUUUGAUGAUGCUGGUGUAUUUUUCUCGGAUAAUUUUGGAAACGAUCAAAAUGCGGACGGUGCGCAAAUUAAUUUGCAAGCGGUGAAAAAAAAGUACAAGGAAUUUAUUCGUACUUUCAAUGAGGACAAUUUCUAUUAUAAAUACAGAGAUAAUUUAAAGCGAAACUAUCUCAAUGGACGCUACUUCCUCGAAAUCGAAAUGGAAGAUGUGAUGGGCUUCGAUGAGACGCUUGCCGACAAACUGAACAAACAGCCUACGGAACAUCUUCAGAUCUUCGAGGAGGCGGCACGCGAAGUGGCCGAUGAGAUAACAGCACCACGGCCGGAGCAUGAGGAACAUAUGCACGAUAUUCAAAUCCUAUUGAUGUCAAGUGCUAAUCCCACAAAUAUUCGCGAACUUAAGUCAGACAGCGUUUCGCGUUUGGUUAAAAUUGCUGGCAUCAUUGUGGCUGCUUCGGGCAUUCAGGCGAAGGCCACGCGCAUGUCGAUCAUGUGCCGCUCGUGCAGCACUGUCAUACCCAAUCUGAAAGUGAAUCCUGGUCUGGAAGGCUAUAUGCUGCCACGCAAAUGCACCACGGAGCAGGCCGGACGGCCAAAAUGUCCUCUGGAUCCCUUUUUCAUCAUGCCCGACAAAUGCAAGUGCGUCGACUUCCAAACCCUCAAGUUGCAAGAGCUUCCCGACUUUGUGCCACAAGGAGAAAUCCCGCGCCAUUUGCAAUUGUUCUGCGAUCGCUCGAUUUGUGAACGCGUAGUGCCCGGCAAUCGUGUGCUCAUUCAAGGCAUUUACUCUAUUCGAAAAGUAGGAAAACCAACACGACAGGAUGGCCGUGAGAAGGCUGUGCUUGGUGUGCGUGCGCCUUACAUGCGUGUGGUUGGCAUCACCGUCGACGCUGAGGGAGCAGGAGCCAUUUCUCGCUAUAGCAACAUUUCUACUGAUGAAGAAGAGAACUUCCGUCGCAUGGCUGCUUCCUCGGACAUUUACGAACGACUCUCCAAGUCAAUGGCACCCAGCAUUUUUGGUUCCAACGACAUUAAAAAGGCCAUCACGGCCAUGCUCUUUGGUGGAUCCAGAAAGCGUCUACCCGACGGUCUUUGCCGUCGUGGCGACAUCAAUGUUCUGCUUCUAGGCGAUCCGGGUACAGCCAAGUCGCAGCUGCUUAAGUUUGUGGAGAAAGUCUCGCCCAUUGGCGUCUACACCUCAGGAAAGGGUUCUAGUGCAGCUGGUUUAACUGCUUCCGUUAUGAAGGAUCCACACACGCGUAACUUUGUUAUGGAAGGCGGGGCCAUGGUUCUGGCUGAUGGCGGCGUUGUCUGCAUCGACGAGUUCGACAAGAUGAGAGAGGAUGAUCGUGUCGCCAUUCACGAAGCCAUGGAACAGCAGACCAUAUCAAUAGCCAAAGCUGGCAUUACUACCACUUUGAACUCUCGCUGCUCGGUGCUUGCCGCUGCCAAUUCGAUCUUCGGACGUUGGGACGAUACAAAAGGCGAAGAGAACAUUGACUUUAUGCCAACAAUUCUGUCGCGUUUCGACAUGAUCUUCAUUGUUAAGGAUGUGCACGAUGAGACACGCGAUAUUACACUGGCCAAACACAUUAUCAACGUGCAUCUUAGCUCCAACAAAUCAGCUCCAUCUGAGCCUGCCGAAGGUGAAAUAUCACUGGCCACCUUUAAAAAAUACAUUCAUUAUUGUCGCACUCACUGCGGUCCACGACUCAGCGAAGCCGCUGGGGAAAAACUAAAGAGUCGCUAUGUUCUAAUGCGAAGUGGCGCCGGACAGUCUGAGAAGUCCGCAGAUAAGCGACAUGCCAUUCCUAUUACUGUUCGCCAGCUAGAAGCUGUGAUUCGUAUCUCAGAAUCCUUGGCCAAGAUGCGUUUACUUCCGUUUGCCACCGAUGAGCAUGUGAACGAAGCACUUCGAUUAUUCCAAGUAUCCACUCUCGAUGCCGCCAUGACGGGAAGUCUGGCUGGUGCAGAGGGCUUUACAACUGAGGAGGACCAGGAGACUCUCAAUCGCAUAGAGAAGCAACUCAAGCGACGCUUUGCCAUCGGUUCUCAGGUCUCGGAACAAAAUAUAUUACAGGAUUUCUUGCGACAGAAAUACGAGGAGCGCACAGUAAUGAAGGUCAUUCAUACCAUGAUCCGUCGUGGAGAACUUCAACAUCGAAUGCAGCGCAAAAUGCUUUAUCGCAUUUGUUGAAUGUGUUAUCAUUAUUUAUUUUAUCAUUUCAAUUUGAUCAGCUAUUUCUAAACCAUGUUUCUCAAUAAAAAUUUAAAUAAUAA